AUGUACUUCUCCAAGGCCACCAUCAUCGCCUUCGCGGCUCUCCUCUCCCAGGGUCUGGCCGCCGACUGCGCUACCGUCCGCUCCGACUGCCAGUCCAGCGGCGACCCCAACCAGGCCGAAUGCGCCAGCCUCGCAGCCCAGUGCUGCGACCAGGCCGACAACGCCUGCCGUGUCGGCCCUGACGCCAACAUGGCCACCUGCUCCGCCGAGAAGGCCUCCUGCUACGCGUCCGCGUCGCUCCCCGACCCCUACGCCACCAGCAAGCGCGACGAGACCAACUGCGCCACCGUCCGCGCCGGCUGCCAGUCCCAGCCCUCCCCCAACCAGGCCUACUGCGCCAGCCAGGCCGCCAAGUGCUGUGAGACCAAGGACAACGCCUGCCGCACUGGCGACCUGGCCAACAUGGCCACCUGCUCCGCGGCGAAGGCCCAGUGCUACGCCGAUGCCUCUCUGCCCGACCCUUACGCCACCGCCAGCAAGCGUGACGCCGACGGCGAGGAGUGCGCCGCUGUGCGAUCCGACUGCCAGUCUCAGCCCGACGCUAACCAGGCCGGCUGCGCCAGCCAGGCUGCCGAGUGCUGCACGAAGAAGGACAACGCUUGCCGCACCGCCCCUGAUGCCAACAUGGCCUCCUGCUCCGCCGCGAAGUCUUCUUGCUACGCUGCUGCUUCUCUGCCUGACCCCUACGCCAACUAA